AUGAUUGCACCCUUGAUACUCGGGGUUCUGCUCGCUGCUGGCCCAGUACGCUCCUCUCUUGACGUACAACUCCCUUCUGGUACUUUCACGGGACAAACCAUCAAUGGCUUGGAUCAAUGGCUGGGGAUACCGUUUGCUCUUCCGCCGGUAGGCGGCCUAAGGUUCAAAGCUCCGGUCCCUGUUUCUACGAAUUCCUCCGGAGUCCAACACGAUGCCACGACCUUUGGGAAUGCUUGUCCCCAACCCCCCGGUGAUCUUGGUGCCAGUAUUAGCGAGGACUGUCUUUUUCUCAAUAUCUGGAGACCAGAGGGGGUGAGUAGUAAUGAGGGCCUUCCGGUUUUGUUUUGGAUUCAUGGCGGCCAAUAUACUACUGGCGCAGCAUCAAGUCCUUCUUAUGACCCUACCCGUAUUCUGAACCGAAGUAUCGAAAUCGGAAAGCCCAUUGUGUUCGUCUCUACCAAUUACCGCCUCAACACUUUUGGCUUUGCGAGAAAGCUCUCCAGCGCCAACGUUCCUCCGGGGGACCUCAACGCGGGUUUGUUGGAUCAACGACAAGCUCUGACAUUUGUUCAAGAAAAUAUACGCGCAUUCGGCGGUGAUCCAGCCAAGGCAAGUCUCAUGAUCCCCGUCACAAUUUGGGGACAGUCCGCUGGUGCCGGAAGUGUCGAAGCCCACUUUGUAUUCCCUGCCUCUCUCACGCUCUUCCGUGCUGGAAUCACGGACUCAUCAACGGGACCCUUCAAAAACUCCCCCAAUGCCAGCACAUAUGACAAGCCAGGGAAACCAUUUGACAGAUUGCUCAUGCAGACGGGUUGUGCCGUCGGUCCAGGAUCGGUAGACUGUCUAAGGAAUGUUCCUUUCGAGACUUUGAUCGAUAUCAGUAACACGCUGAUUGACAAUACGCUCAAUGACCAAUUAUGGCAACCCUCCGUCGGCCCUCCAGGUAGUUUUGUGCCAGAGCGAGCCUCAGCUAGGAUUGAAAGGGGCGACUUCCUACAUCUACCUUACGUUGGUGGUACAAAUGUGAACGAAGGAACCGUUUUCAGCACGAGCUUACUCGGCCUCGAUGUUCCCCCCAGCGAGGAAGAUGCAGCUUUUGACAAUUUCGUGAAUCAUCUUGUUAUUGACAACAGCACUCUCACCCCAAAUCUGUUCGCCAAGUUCCACCAACUAUGGCCGGCGAAUGAUUCUUCCCUCGGAGCGCCAUUCAACACAGGAGACUCUCUUUUUGACAGAGCGGAGGCGUGGUAUACCGAUGAAAUGUUCUUGUCCCCAAGGAGAUUAUUUUUUGAGCACGCGAGUUCAUUGCAGCCGAUGUAUGCUUAUUACUUCAGAGAGUUCAUACCAGGGAACAAUCCGGAAUUUGGCGUGUCUCAUGGAUCGGAAUUGUCCUUGCUUUUCGGACCCGUACCCACGGACGUGGAGGAUGAGUUCGCCAAUCAAAUGCUAGACUUUUAUGUCAAUUUUAUUUGGGAUCUCAAUCCCGGAAGUGCCUGGGAUCGGUAUGUACCGACGUCAAAAAAUGUCUUGCAGCUCCUGCGAGACAACAUCACCAUGAUUCCGGAUGACUGGGACGUGGACAAGACGGACUUUUUGAAUACGCAUUUUGUUUUGAAUGAGUUUGAGAAAUGA